AUGGAAUCAAGAGAAAUCUAUGAAGGAGAAAUAGAUGAUGUGGAAACAAGAGAAAUAGAUGAUGUGGAAACAAGAGAAAUAGAUGAUGUGGAAACAAGAGAAAGGGAUUAUGUGGAAACAAGAGAAAUAGAUGAUGUGGAAACAAGAGAAAUAGAUGAUGUGGAAACAAGAGAAAGAGAUGAUGUGGAAACAAGAGAAAAAGAUGAUGUGGAAACAAGAGAAAGAGAUGAUGUGGAAACAAGAGAAAUAAAUGAUGUGGAAACAAGAGAAAUAGAUGAUGUGGAAAUAAGAGAAAUAGAUGAUGUGGAAAUAAGAGAAAUAGAUGAUGAGGAAACAAGAGAAAUAGAUGAUGUGGACACAAGAGAAACAGAUGAUGUGGAAACAAGAGAAACAUAUGACGUGGAAACAAGAGAAAGAGAUGAUGUGGGAACAAGAGAAAGAGAUGAUGUGGAAACAGGAGAGAUAGAUGAUGUAGAAACAAGAGAAAGAGAUGAUGUGGGAACAAGAGAAAUAGAUGAUGUGGAAACAAGAGAGAUAGAUGAUGUAGAAACAAGAGAAUUCAAAUGA